ACGGAAUACCAGGACACCUACGUCAUUCUCGUCGUCAAGCUGAUGGUUUCCGAAGCCGAGCGGGAGUGGCAAAAGCUCACCUGGAAUCGACCGGAGUUCACCAACGACGUGCCAUAUUCUUCCCUGGAAGUGUCAUACGAUCCAAUAUACAACACAGUGGCCUCACUCAAGGCGCCCUGCAUGCGCGAAUUUCCAGGUCGCUGCUUCGACCAGAACGGCACCUACAUGUGCUGGUGGGACUCGUCCACGAUACGGAACUACAGCCACACGGUCGAAGGAUGCUACAACAGCCUCUUCAAACCCGUCAACAAGACGGAAAUCAACACGUUCCGAAAGGAAGUGGUCACGAGCAUGGCAGCCGUCGGCCUCGCCUACAAGGGGUUCCGUCUGUUCAUGCGGAAAUUCGAGGAAGAAUUCGAGCACAGCAGCUUGCAGAACCUGGACCUCACGCAGAACCAGCUCUUCUUCAUAUCCUUCGCAAUGACAUGGUGUGAAAGUGUGCCCACGCAACUGCGAGACAUCGUCAAUCUUGUGACGUCACAGCCGGAUCCACAAUACAGGGUGGAAAUAGCGCUCGCUCACUUUGACAAGUUCGGGAAGUACUUCGCGUGCAACGACAACCUCGCCAUGUACCAAGACAAGAAAUGCAGCAUCAUUUAAUUCGUACACAUUUUCUACAACGC